AUGCGGGCUGCAAGACGUGCGGCCCCAACGACCAGACGUGCCUGGACUGCAAGACUCCUGGCGAGAACGUGCAGCUCGAUAAAAGAAGCUGCGGCCCCACCUGCCCGCAGAACUCCUCCCCCAACCAAAACGUCUGCGGAGUGCAACCCGGGAUUCAACCUGAACGAUAGAAAGACGCGUGCGAGGCGGUUGCCAACACAAACUGCGCACAAGAGCUGCAGAAUGCGGGCUGCAAGACGUGCGGCCCCAACGACCAGACGUGCCUGGACUGCAAGACUCCUGGCGAGAACGUGCAGCUCGAUAAAAGAAGCUGCGGCCCACCUGCCCGCAGAACUCCUCCCCCAACCAAACGUCUGCGAGUGCAACCCGGGAUUCAACCUGAACGAUAGAAAAGACGCGUGCGAGGCGGUUGCCAACACAAACUGCGCACAAGAGCUGCAGAAUGCGGGCUGCAAGACGUGCGGCCCCAACGACCAGACGUGCCUGGACUGCAAGACUCCUGGCGAGAACGUGCAGCUCGAUAAAAGAAGCUGCGGCCCCACCUGCCCGCAGAACUCCUCCCCCAACCAAAACGUCUGCGAGUGCAACCCGGGAUUCAACCUGAACGAUAGAAAAGACGCGUGCGAGGCGGUUGCCAACACAAACUGCGCACAAGAGCUGCAGAAUGCGGGCUGCAAGGACGUGCGGCCCCAACGGACCAGACGUGCCUGGACUGCAAGACUCCUGGCGAGAACGUGCAGCUCGAUAAAAGAAGCUGCGGCCCCACCUGCCCGCAGAACUCCUCCCCAACCAAAACGUCUGCGAGUGCAACCCGGGAUUCAACCUGAACGAUAG